CCAAAACUGAAUGUCAGAUUCAGAUGUUUGAUAUGAUGAAUGACAUCGAAGACUGUCCGCCAACUCUACUGUCCUCUCAGCGCCACUUUAUAGCCAAAUGUGACGUUCGGCUAAUGAUUCAAAGCCAAAGCUCCGAAAACAAGGAAAUCAGCCCUUUUAAGGACUAUUUGUUUACUUUCAUGUUAUUCACUGAUUUGCUUAUUUUAUGCAAAAAGCGAAGCAUUAAGCGAACCAUUGAGAGAACCAGUUCUCUGAAAGGACCCAAUAAUUACUCAAAUUCUGUGGGAAUUAAGAAGAAUUGCAAAAAGGAAUACAAACACAUCGAGACCAUUGAACUCUCUUAUAUCAAGUUCAUUCAGAAUGACGAUUCCGAGGGAGAAUUUGAUUCGAAACGAAACCAAUUCUUUUAAGCGCCUGGACUUCACGUACUCCAACACAAUCGCCCGCAC